AUGGAUAACCCAAAAUUCAAAGUCAUUAUUGUGGGUGGGUCCAUUGCAGGACUCACCCUCGCUCACGGCUUAGCCAGACAAGGUAUUGACUUCAUCGUACUAGAGAAGCGACCAGAGGUUGCCCCGCAAGAGGGUGCAUCUAUAGGGAUCAUGCCCAAUGGAGGGCGGAUCCUGGACCAACUUGGAAUAUUCGGGGCGAUCGAGGAGCAGAUUGAGCCGUUGGAUAUAGCCCAUCUGUAUUGGCCUGAUGGAUUCUUCUUUGGUACUAAGGCGCCCAGGAUUGUUAAUGAACGGCAGAAGCUUCUCACUAUCCUUUUUGGCUCUCUCACAGAAAAAUCAAAGGUCUACUUCAAUAAAUCUGUGGUUAGUAUUGAGGAGCAUAGUGAUGGCCAUGUAGGUGUUCGCACGGCAGAUGGCUGCUAUUAUUCAGGCGACCUCGUGGUGGGUGCAGAUGGGGUACAUAGUCGGGUGAGGGCCGAAAUGUGGCGAUUGGCCGACUUACAGCAGCCAGGAUUGAUCACUGAGAUGGAGAAGAAGAGUCUGUAUGACCGUGGAUCAUUCCCGGGGAAGGACGGACGCGUAUACUGGUUUAUUAUGGAAAAGCUGGACCGGAAGUACUCGUACAGCGAGGCUCCUCGCUAUAGUUCGGAAGACGCCGCCAACCGAUGCGGUCAGCUAAAGGAGCGAAAGAUUUGGAAAGAUGUGAAGUUUGGGGAGCUGUGGGACAAGCGAGAGGUAGUUUCGAAGACGGCUUUGGAGGAAAAUGUCUUUCAGACGUGGAAUUUUGGCCCGGUUGUUUGCAUCGGCGACAGUAUGCACAAGAUGGCUCCCAAUACUGGACAAGGUGCCAAUUGCGCAAUUGAGGAUGCUGCCUGUCUUCUGAAUCUGUUAAAAGAAUGCUACUUGGAAGGAUGUCUUCGCAAACCGUCCCGCUGCGAGCUCGACACCCGGUUGCAGCAGUUUACCAAGAUGCGUGUUGAACGGAUAACCCAGGUGUACAAAGCCGCAAGGCUUCUAGUGCGCAUUCAUGCUCGCGACGGCCUUCAUAUGAAACUGCUGGGACGGUAUGUUAUUCCAUAUGCUGGCGAUGUGUCGGCAGAUAAAGCUUCGGAAACGGUGGUUGGGGCGCCGGUGCUGUCGUUUAUUUCUCCACCAAAACGCUGCGGCCCUGGCUGGACUUCGUUCCAGACUCGAGGGUUGAUCACCAUGCCGAUACGGGGGACUGCCAUGAUAUUAUCGCUUCUUGUUGUGGGCAUGACCUUGUAUACCCUGCGGGUGUGGUGA